AGAUCCUUUUGGAAAUAGAUUGAUAUUCGCCUUGUUCUAGUUGCAGAGCGAGUCUUACAGGUACAGGAUCUAGGACAUAACAGCGUCCAAAGACUGCGAGCUUUUCCUUCCCUUGGCCCUGGCCUAGGACUGCUGGUGCUCAGUAUUUCCCAAUAUUCUUGUGUGCAUGCAUUUUGAAACACAAUUUCGCAAUUCCUGACAUAAUUGCAGCCCUCUGCUGCUAGCCUUUGAGCAUGGAGACCAUCGAUUGGGUUGUCGGUGGUGUGCUUGGCUUCACGGGCCUUGCAUUUUAUGCUGGGAGUUCUGGCUUCUCAUCGGCGGCUAGAGCAGUUGAGGAUGCGGAGGAGAUGGCACCUGGUCCGAAAAUGUUUGAGAGACUCCAACACGAGCAAAGUCGUUCCUUGCCCUAUGCUGCUGUUUCGGGCUACAUUCAGCCGAGCGAGGAGCAUGGAGGUCGUGUGCUGACCUAUGGCUCUGGGAAUAUUCCUUGCGUUGUGAGACGCACCAUCACCAAAGAACACUCUAAGGACUACAGCCGUGGAACUGAUCGCUGGCACGGAUCGACCAAAGAAGUGAGCCGCGCGAUACAGACAGUUCCCUUCUCUCUGUCGAGCUCAGCAAGCAGUGGCUCGUCGGUGGACUCGCACGCGGUUCAGGUGCACGCCGCCGAGGCUGAUUACAGUCAAGUGCUGACCAAAGUCGAGAGUCGGUUCGAUCAUGUCGACCGGGGUGUCGGUGCGUCUAUCCUCAGCGUCGUCAGCGGCCACAAGACGACCGGAUACGAAUACAUCGAGGAGGUGCUGCCUGUCGCACAGUUCGUCACUGUCCUGGGCAAAGUGUCCCUUGUCCAGAACUCUCUUGUUCUGGAAUCACCGACAAAGCACCAGCUCAUUUUCACGACCGACUCCCUUGCUGAUCUCUCGUCGCGCUACUAUAGCCGCUCCAGGAUUCUUGGCGCCCUUGCUAGUCUGUGCUUUGCCGGUCUAAGUCUGUAUGCGCUGCACCGGCUCAGGACCUUCAUGAUUGAACAGCAGCGAGCUGAGCUGAUCCGCGACGCCCUGGCUUCGCGCAAGCCAAAGUUCUGCAUCAAGUGCAUGAAGCAGCCCGCUACCAUGCUGGUGCUGGAGUGCCGGCAUUUCGCCGUGUGCGAGAAGUGUGCACCGGACUUGCAGGAGUGCCCCGCCUGCACCACACCCGCAACCCAAGUCACGUUGCCGUCGCGCUACUGAUACCAUCUGAGAUGUGUGAUACGUGCGCCAUGCGUCCCGUCCCGGACAUGGUACUCUAUAUGGAAUGCACAAAAUAGUAGUGGCUUGUGUACUUGGGGUACCUGCACGGAAAGAAGGUACUUGUGAACCUGGAGCUCUCUGUGUGUGUGCCAUAUCACUAACAUCAUUGCAUUGCGAGGCGAAUACAGUCGGAUGUCCACAGAAUGCUGACUGUGGAUAAGCACAGAGCAUUGUACAAACAGCAACAGGACGCUGAACAGUUAGGCGUAACUCCGAGUUUCACAUCAUGACGAUUCUCAAGCCGUUUGUCAUAAUUAUUACACUGUCAAGAAAAAGAGAUUAUAAGUGGGGUAUGAGACCUGUUCUACAAGCCAGCAGUAUCAAAGACUGGCACAGGCCUGCACUCUCGCACACAGGAUGCUUGCCACCCGCUCCCCCCCCCCCCCCCCCCCCCUUCACAGAAAUUUCCAUACUUGAUGCCGUCUAUGAAGUAUUUUUGUUUGUUAGUCCGCCUCCUGUAUAUAGACGUGUAAUAUUGGCACUUCUAUGACUGUAGUCGGUUUCUUGCGUUGCCCAACAUUUCCCAGUAUGUUCUUGUGUAUUGUUUCUUAUCUAGAAGUUUCUCAGGAUUCAGUUUCUUGUUCCCUUUUUAUUUUCUGUUUCUUUGUGUCUAUCAGAGAAUGUAGACUCUUUUUAUGAUGUUGCUAGGGUCUUUCCUGCUUCUACUGAGUCCUAGGAUCUUUCAUAAUCCAUGUUGACAUUGUUGUGCAUGUAGUUGAGCAACGCGCAUUUAGGGUGUUGGCUUUUGUAUUUCAGUGGGCGUGUGAGAAUUUUUUGUUUCUUUCUCCUUUGA